GUCGGUGGAAGAAGGAAGUCAGAGCAGAGACAGUGCCAGGCAGGUUGGCUGAAAACAGAGGGGAGUGGGGAAACCUCUCCAGGUGACAUGGUGUCUCUACAGGUCACCCUGCUGGCUGCCCUUCUCCUGGGAGGUCACGGUGCACGAGCAGCCCAGGAACCCCUCUCGUUCCAUGUCGCCCAUAUCUUCUCCUUUGCCAACCAGUCCUGGGCACAGCAUCAGGGCUCAGGCUGGCUGGGUGACAUGCAGACUCACGGCUGGGACAGCGAGUCCGGCACGAUCAUUUUCCUGCGCUCGUGGUCUAAAGGCAACUUCAGCAACGAGGAACUGAUCGAUCUGGAGCUUCUGUUCCGCGUCUACUUCAUCGGAUUAACUCGGGAGACUGAAGAGUAUGCCGAUCAAUUGCACUUAACGUAUCCCAUGGAAAUACAGGUGGCAGCUGGCUGUGAGCUACAUUCUAGUGACAUUGCAAAAGGCUUCUUACGGGCAGCUUAUCAAGGAUCAGAUUUCCUGAGCUUCCAAAACAUGUCCUGGGUGCCAUCUCUAAAGAGUGAUAGCAGAGCCCAGAGCGCCUGUGACCUCAUGAACCAGUAUGAAGCCAUCAGGGAAACGGUGCACAGCCUCACCGCAAACACCUGUCCCCGAUUUGCCUUGGGUCUCUUCGAUGCAGGGAAGGUGGAUCUCCAGAAGCAAGUGAGGCCAGUGGCCUGGCUGUCCAGUGGCCCCAGUCCCGGUCCUGGCCGUCUGCUGCUGGUGUGCCAUGUCUCCGGCUUCUACCCAAAGCCAGUGUGGGUGACAUGGAUGCGGGGUGAGCAGGAGCAGCAGGGCACCCAGCGAGGCGACGUCCUGCCCCAUGCCGACGACACGUGGUAUCUUCGGGUGACCCUGGACGUGAUAGCACAAGAGGCAGCCGGCCUGUCUUGCCGGGUGAGACACAGCAGUCUAGGAGGCCGGGACAUGGUCCUCCACUGGGGACACCACCUUUCCAUGUACUUGAUCCUGUUGGCUGUGACAGUGCCCCUCAUUCUUCUGAUCGUCGUUGCAUUGUGGUUUAAGAAGCGCUGCUCCUAUCAAGACAUCCCGUGAGCUUCCUCGCCACGCCUUCCCCAAUGGCCCAGGAGCCUAGGACAUCAGAGUGAUACCCUUCUUUCCACCCUCCAUUUAAUUUGUUUUUCCUGUUUCUGCUUUAUGAUCAUCAGUUCACACAAACCAGUCUAGUUGUGUAACCCUCUAUGGAAUGCCUCCCUUAUAAUCUCCAUUCGUUCCAUAGUCCUCAACUUUCAAAGCUCAUUAUGGUUCACAUCCUCCAGAGUCUUCCUUGACCCAUUGGUGGGAAGCCCUUCAACUCUGUUCGGUGUGCAUCUCAUUUCUCCCCGCACAGCGUCUCCCUAGGUCGUUCUUCCCCUUCCAAUACGCAAACUCCUUUAGGACGGUGAUCAUGAUGAAGAUGUGUUUUCUGCGGCUAAAACGUGCUCAGUGAAAAUCAAACCCAAACAAACCAUAUCCAAGCUGGACUCACUGUUCUAUUGACAGUCUCUCCUCAUAUGUUUACUCCUGACAUGGUUAUAGGUUUUGAAGGAUUGGUGUUUCCCUUUUUCUUUAAAUGUUUCUUAAGUGGCCCCCAAAUCCCAUAUCCCUUUAGGGCCCUCAUGUUUUCACUAAACUCUUAAGGAAAAAUGCAGCGUUGCUCCUUGCCAAGCUUUUUUCCCCCCAAAUACAACGAUGCUACUCUUUCUAACUUAUUCCAAACACGAAGAGAGAAAGAGUGAGCAGGCCACGUGUGCCGUGGGGCAGACGUGUCGCGGAUGGUUAACAAAACGGAACGAGAGAGCCGGUCCCCAGGAUUGGGGUGGGAUCAAGGCACAGGUUGUAUAUGGAAGACAAACCCCUCCAAGGGUGGCACUGUCUCAGAUACCUUUGUCUGGACUUUGUUUUCUUCAAGACUCAUUCACUAAUUCAAGUAACACUUGUCAAACCCUGAAACACGGGACAGGCACACUCGUGAACUGGUCGAGGAAGAAACAGUGGGGACCGUAUCCACUUGACUAGAGAUGCAAUGCCCACCUUCUUCAGUCUGUCGAUGCCCUUUGUACUCGGUACAUUUUUUGGGUUUCAUUUUAGAAAUUUUGAAUCAACUUUAUGAAUGUAUAAUUUACAUACCAUAAAAUGCAUCUAUUUUAAGUAUACAAUUCCAUUCGUUUUGACAUACAUAUACACUUAUGUAAGCAAGACCACUAUCAAGAUACAGCACAUCCCAUUACCCCAGUUACCCCCAUACCCACUGGCAGCUAAACCUACCGCCAACCAGGAAUCCUUGCAAAUACUGGUAUGCUUACUGA